GAAGUUACACAAACACAAACACUGAAAUUAUAUCAAGUCUCCAUCUCUGGAAACAGAGUAAAGCUGACAUGCCCUGAGGAUACUGUAUCUGAGGAAAUAACUUGGAAAAAAGAUGGUAUAAAAAUGCCCCAUUAUGACAACCCACUGUUACUGGAGGAUUUUUCAGAAAUAGAGAACAGCGGUUAUUAUACCUGCUCAAAGGACGAGAAUCAUAGGCUCUACCUGAAAGCAAGAGUGUGUGAGAACUGCGUGGAGGCAGAUCUGAUGGUGGUGGCCACAAUCAUCGUAGUGGACAUCUGUGUCACUUUGGGCUUGCUGCUGCUGGUGUAUUACUGGAGCAAGAGCAGAAAGGCCAAGGCCAUGCCUGUGACGAGAGGAGCGGGUGCUGGCAGCAGGCCCAGGGGACAAAACAGGCAGAGGCCACCACCUGUACCCAACCCAGACUAUGAGCCCAUCCGGAAAGGCCAGCGGGACCUGUAUGCUGGCCUAAAUCAGAGAGGCAUCUGACAGCUCCUGAAGACACUGUCUCCCACUGACCCAGGUCUGGCUCCUCUCCAGGACUGCUACUCUCUGUUCCCUGGGCAAAUCUUGGACACCACAGGAGAACUGUUCCUCUGCCUUGUGGGGAACUCACACCCUCAGCCUUGUCCCCAGCGGCCUCCUUCCUGCCUUCUCUCCUGGACCCCAUCCAAGGAUAUUGCUGCCUCAUUAUCCUUUGAAACAUCAUCACUACUCACCCCUCACACCUGGCCUGCCCUCUUAUCAGGAUAUUUAUUUCUGUUCUUCACAUACCCCCAUUCCUUCCUGCCCUGUUGGCUGUUACUUCUCCCUUUGGCUCCCUCCUUCUCCUGCAUAGAAGUUGCCCCAUCCCUAACUAUUCCAUCUACAUUUCCUUGUUUCUAGCUCUCUUUGGCGACCCUCUGUGGGAAUGGACUGGGUAAAUGCUGGCAGAGGUCCUGCCCUGUUCACAGACCCUGGCCCAGAUCUAGUCCUGUGCCCCUUCCCUCCCUGUCUCCACAGCAGGCCCCUAGACGGUCAUUUGCAGCUCCAUGA